CGAAGAGGAAGGAGAGUUGACUCUCAAAUCCGCUCGAGUCACGUUUCCGAUCAUGGCAACUAGGAAAAAUUGACCACAACUAAUCACCUUCGUCAUUUGGAGUCAAUGGCGACUCGCCCGUCGGGUGCCGGCAUGAUACCAAAGCUGAAUGUCGUGAUACUCGACGAGUCUCUUGCAUCCGAGGAGGACGAUCUCGUAUUUCCCGGUCACGAUUUCUCCCAACAGGCACACGUACCUUCUCCUCAAAAGUACUUAGAGAUGUACAACAUAUCAAUUGAAGAUCCUGGUGGCUUUUGGUAUGAUAUUGCGCAUCAGAAUUCUAUUGGAAAGAGAAAUGGGGUCAAUAGGUUUACUCAGAGAAUCUUGAUGUUAGAAAUGGGAACAUCAAAAUUGAGGCAGAUGUUUGAGGAAUUGAAAAAAACCCUAAUUAUGGCCCUUCUUAGGAAGAUGUUUGGGGCUAGUGCCAAGAAGGUGAAAGUGGAGAAAAAAACCUGGAAAGUUGAUGCUGGAAGUAGAACUGUUGAUUUGGAACUGACGACUCUUUCAAGCACCCACCACAUGGAGCUGAACCCAAGUGAUGCUGGGUUCCAGGAGCGGUACAUUGUUCAAGAAAUCAUUAAAGAAAUGGCAAAGAACAGACCAAUUGACGUUAAAGGCAAGAAGGGUUUCAAAGAGAAACUCAAACAAGCUAAUGAAACAGAUCAUCGUGCUGAAGUUAGUACUAGCAAAAAGAUUAUAGAUGCUAAACUUGCAAAAGAUUUUCAAGCAGUUCUAAAAGAAUUUCAAAAAGCUCGAUGCCUUUCAGCUGAAAGAGAGACAACUUACACUCCUUUUGUUCCUCAAGCCGUUCUUCCUUCAAGUUAUGCAGCCAGUGAAAUCGAUAUAAGAGGUAGUAUUGAGGAAAGAGAACAGGGGAUUCAAGAAAUACUGUAUCAAACUGGGGAAGUAAAUGAGAUUUUUAAAGAUCUUGUUGUUUUGGUUCAUGUACAAGGAGCCAUGAUUGUUGAUAUCGGGUCAAAUUUUGAGAAUUCUCAUGCUGCAACUGCACAAGCAAGAAUCCAGCUUUCAGAAAGUAUAUUUAUUGGUUAG